GUCCGCCCGAGGCCCGGGGAGGCGGCCGGCGCCCGGCGAGUCCUCCAGGCCCAGCAGAGGGAGCGGGCGGCUCGCGGGGCGGCUCGCGGGGCGGCUCCGGCUCGGCUCGACCCCGGCCAUGGCCCGCCUGCUCCUGCCGGUGCUGCUGGGGCAGGUGGCGGCGCUGGGCCCGGCGCUGGCGGGGCCGGCGGCCGCGCGGGUCGAGGUGCUGGCGCUGCGGGAGCCGGGGGAGGCCGCGCCGCGCUCCCCGCCCGCCGGGGGCUACACGCUGCAGGGGGCGCUGCUGGGGGGGGCCCCGGGGCCGCGCGAGGAGGCGACGGAGGGGAGCCUGGUCCUGAUGGGAGGUGCAGAGCCUGAGCUGGAGGGUGAGGGCAGCUGGAUUGGGGUGGUGCCGGUGGGGGAGGAGCAGGCGGAGAUCCCGCGGGGCAGCAAGGAGGAGUCCUUCACCGCAGCCGUGGUCAACAAGAUGAAGCGAGCCCUAGUUCUGGGAGCAUCGGCCCUGCUCAUUCUCGCGCUGAAUCAGAACACGAUCCGAGAGUUGGAUGUGUCCGAGGUGCUCUCCAAGCCCGUGAUUGUGAUCCAGACCUCAGACAAUGUCACCCGGCUUCUCGGGGCUCUGCUACGGGGGCUCCGGGUGACAGCCAAGAUCACGUAUCAAGCGGUGCUGCUGGAGAACCUGGGAGUGACUCUCACCCUGUGGUCGACCUGUGGCCUGUCCCGGGGUGGGCUGUAUGGAGAGUGGCAAGGAGUUAUCUGCACGGGCGAGAACAGCUCGCGGGUCCAGAAGUACCUCCAGCAGCUGUGGAAUGCCAUCCUGUUCAUCGCCCUGAUCCUGUGCACGGGUGUGAUCGUGCAGGCCCAGCGGCAGUCCCGGCAGGGCCAGCCGGACCAGGACACCGAGCUGGACCUCAAGCAGCACAUCCUGCGGAGGCUGUCGGCACUGAAGACCCGGCGCUACCACCCUGGCAAACACCACUGGAGCCAGGCCCAUGACAUUGAUAGCUGUGCUGUUUGCUUGGACCAGUUCCACAAGAACCAGUGUUUGCGGGUGCUGCCGUGUUCACACGAGUUUCACCGGGACUGCGUGGAUCCAUGGCUGCUCCUGCAGCAGACCUGCCCUUUGUGCAAGCACAACAUCCUGGGUAACUGCUGCGGUGAGAGCUAGCUGGCCUAUGGACAUGCUGCGGGGACAGAGCCACCUACACUCCAGGGGCUGGGGGUGCCUGUUGGAGGGGGCAGGGGACACCAGGAGUGUGGCUCCAUCAGCAGAGCAAGUGGCUGAGCAGGGGGAAGCAGCAGCACUGUGCAUGUGUCCCCAGGGCUGGGCAGACCCCCAGGGCUGCAUGCUCAGCUCAGCAGUUAUCCCCAGGCAGCAGAGAGUGGGAACCUGAGCACUGGGGUGGGGAAAAGGUUCUGCUCCCUUUAGAGUGCACUCAGACAGCCCUGUUUGGCUGGGUCAGUGUAGGGAUGGAUGUGGUCAAAUUGUGCGCUGUCUUAAAUCCAUGCAAGCCCCCUGAGACUAGGGAGGGCAGAACUUGGCCUCUGAGUAUGUGUGUAGGGGGUGGGGGUGCAUCUGGGCAGCUGAUCUGUCGAUAUUAGUGUAGCGUCUUUGGAGGGGUAGGGGUUGUGGGGGCAGGUAAAAUAAGCUAAGGAGGCAUCUGAGACCUGCUCAGGGGAAUAAGGAGGGGAUGCCAGACUUCUUAGGCAAAGUCUUAAAGGGUUAGUGGGGAAGCUUCAGCUACCAUGGGAGAGGCUGGUGCGAGCACUUUGCUGUAAGCUGAUCUCCCUGUGCUCCCUGGGGCAGGCUAGUCUGCCCCCGCCCAGUGCUCCUAAGGGACUAUUACUCUCUCCUUUUAUAAAUCUCUAUUUUCUAUACUCCCAUGGCUGCUGCUAGGAGCCCCUGGGCUGGCUCAGCUCUCAGUUACUCCUUGGCUAUCUCAGCAGGGUGGCCUGGGUGUCGCCAAAGGCAGCACUGAGCCCCUCUCAUCCCUCACAGGGUGUUGGCCCGCACCUGGAGCAGGGGAGUGGGCCUGGAAGCUGCGUUGAUCUGCCAUGUUUUGAUGUGCUUCCCUUCUCACUGGCCCUUGGGAGAUCACCUUGCUGGAGGGCAGGGGCAGGAAGUGGGGAGGGUUUGAAUGCUUGCUUUAUUUAUACUAACUUAUUAGAGAGAAUGGCAUGAGGUAGCUGCAGGGGCAGAACAAUAUCUGUGGAUGUGUUGCAGUGUCCAGGCCUUUGCUGGGAGUCCUGGCUGGGUCCCAGCCCCACUCAGCAGCCAGAGGUUGCUGGAUUCGAUGCACUGUACAUGUCUGUAAACUGCCUGCGCUAUUAAAUCUAGAGCAAGGAGAAACCUGCA